AGCUCAGUAGAUUUCUCCCCAAAUUAAUACAUUUCAAUUGGCUUCAUUCUUACAGCAAUAAGUCCAUCCAUCAUGGAUGUGAAUUUCAUUCACUAAUGCAGUUGCUUUCUCAUAGCAUUCAGAUAUUCUGUGCCAUAAACUAAUUAAGCUAUUAACAUUGCCCCAUUAAUUCCACAGCUUGUGCUUUGUCUUUGAUUCAUUUCUUUUCCUUUAACAGGGGCACUCCAGCUAACAAGAAUGGGCAUUCACGGACUAAUGACUUACGUAGGGGAACAUAGCGAAUUCUUUGUUGACCUGCAGCUGAGAAACACAAACGUAAUAAUUGAUGGAAAUAACUUAUAUCAUCGCCUUUACUUUGAUUCAAAUCUGGAUAUCCGGCGUGGUGGGGAUUACAACUCUUUUACAGACGUCAUAUGUCUUUUUUUUGAAUCAUUGGCUGUGUGCAACAUACAGCCUUAUGUUGUGCUGGAUGGAGGUAGUGAUGCAUCUGAUAAAAAGCUGACAACCUUAAAGGAACGAGCUCGGGAAAAGAUCCACGCAGCUCAUUCUCUUUCUUGCGGGGGUGGUGGAAGUGUAUUGCCUUUGCUUGUCAGAGAGGUCUUCAAGCAGAUCUUAACAGAAUUACAAGUGCCUUUUGUACAGUCAUUUUCAGAGGCAGACAGGGAUAUUGUAUCAUUAGCCAAUCACUUGAGUUGCCCUGUGUUAACUUUAGAUAGUGACUUUUGCAUUUUUGAUCUCCAAGCAGGCUAUUGUCCUCUAAAUUACUUCCAAUGGAGAAACAUUUGUAGAUGUAAAGACUCACAAGACUGCUACAUCCCAACACGGUGUUUCUCAUUGGAAAGAUUUUGUAGACAUUUUAGCAAUAUGAACAAAACUCUCCUGCCUCUUUUUGCAGUGAUGAGUGGCAAUGAUUACAUUAAUCUGCCAGCUAUAGAAACGUUCCUUAGUAAGAUACAGCUUCCUAUUGGGAAAUCCCGGCAGAGGAGUAGAAAGCAUGACCGCAUUCAGGGACUGCUGAACUGGUUGUCUCGUUUUGCUGAUCUUGCUGAGGCAAUGGAAAAUGUACUGAAGUAUCUUAAAAAGCAUGAAAAAGAAGAAAUACGACAGCUUCUCUCUUCUUUUAUGGAAGAAUAUGAACCAUCUAAUGUUAAUCUCAAAGAUUUUUUCCAGAGUGGUGUGUAUGAAUCUGAAGAACUGAGGAAAUUAAAAUUACCACAGUGGAUCAUGGCUGGUUUAAUUAAAGGACACCUAGCACCAUUCGUUAGUGAUGCCCUUAUAUUAAGAAGAACCAUCCUUCAUGUUCAGGUGGAGAAUAUGCAAAGAGGUAGUGCUCAUUUCGCAGCUCUGCCAAUUAGGCAAGUUAUCUAUUGGUUACUUCUGAACACUUCACCAAGUUCACUUAGUCCCUCUCUGAACAAACAGCCAACUUCAUUUUCUCCCGUCUUCCAUGAAUUUGAUAGACUCCAAAAAUCACUCAAGAAAUCAUCUGUUCGGGUAGCAGAAUUGGCAUCAAAAUUUCCAGACAAUCGGUAUGCUUUGGCUACAUUAAAUGAGGCUCCCAUCGCAGAUCGUCUGCUACUUUUGUUGGAGACGUUAGGAGUGACAGCCAGUCUCCUUGAGCCAGUUCCUUGUUUGCUGCAGCUCCCUAUGGCUGUAACCUGUUACUGGACACGGUGUUCAGAACCAAAAGUGACACUACAGCACAUCAAGGCUUUACUACUUGGAGUAAUAUUUGGGGAAUUAGAUAAGAUGCUGCACAUUCCAGACCCCCAAGUACCACAUGCUGAGGUCAGUAAAAUUGUACAUGACCAGUUCUUGAAAUGGAAAGAAAAAUCCCCAAAGGAUGCUUUGGAAUUAGAUGUGGCACACACUUUUUGCCAAUGGCAGUGCUGCCUGCAAGCAGGGUUAUAUCUCAACCAGCUGCUGUGUAGUCCUCUCCCUGAGCCCGACCUUACACGGCUUUAUAAUGGGACCCUUGUCCAUAGAUUGUAUCAUGAGCUUAAAUCCAGUUCCACACCAGAGAACCUCCUCAGUGCAUCUCCAAAGAUCUACCAACUUUACUGCAACAUGGUACAGAUCAUCAAAGAUUCAACACCACCAGGCUUCUUCCAGAAAAAAAAGUCAAAAUCCCAAAGGAAAAAGGACAAGAAAGUCAUUAACGAGUUGCCAGAUAGAAGAGAAAGCACUAUGAUGGACACUCCAUCUUCGUGUAGUAUUAAGAACAGGUUUGCAACACUGGCAGUAGAGAACUGAAAGCUGGUUGUCGAUAUUAAUCUGCCUCUGGGUUUGAGAAGUUAUUUCUCAAAAGAAUUAAGGAAGUAAUGCUGUUAUGAUGAAUUUACUGCUUCAGGUCUUGGUUUGGUAAGUCAAAAACAGGGAAAAUUGCUGAAUUGUUCCUAAUACUUGAUAAAGGACAUCUAAAAAAACUAAUUGUACAAGACAUGCUGUUGCCUGCACACAUAUAUAAAUAAAUUCCCAAAUUGCUGGAAACUUUGCAGUAACUCUCAGCAUGAAAUCACCUCAAAAUUUGCCUAUUACUUGUUCGAUCCAUUCUUACUGUUAAUUCUUUUGAAUACUAAAAGGUACCAAUUCUAUCCAACCAUUUUCAGUGAUGUCCAAAUUACUAAGAUUUUGGUUUGGAUAUGAAUAGGUUGUCUUACAUUUGCAUUAGCAGCCCUCAGAAUGAAGAGAUCUACAACAUCUCAAAAUAUGGACUGGCAGAUAAUGAUCUGUUGUGCCUAGUUCAUUAUCAUUAAAUUGCACAUUAUUUGUAUCACAAACAGAUCAGACUAAAACUCCCUAUUUCAUUGUCUUAGAAUUGAAAGAAAUUUGGAAACCAAAUGCUAAGAUAAUUUUAGUGAAACUAUACUGUUCUCUCUCUCCCUCCCUCUCCCUCUCUCUGAAUGAAGUUAUGGGUCCUUAAUACUUAAAACAGUAUGAAAUCUUAAGAGCAUUGUGCCUGAGCAGAAUGAAUUCCUGCCCAAUAACUUGUAAAGGGGAUGGGGAUUCUGAUUUUACCUUCAAGUAAAAUUUACUGUGAUUGAAUCCAUCUUCCAAAUUUCAGGAGAAGCUCCUUGGAGGAUAGGGGAAAAAAAUGUAUAUUCUGUAAUAUUGUCCCCAAACACUAUAUAUCAUCUGUGCAUCCUAACUGAAGAAGAAAUAAGCUAAAAUCACUCAACUUACUACAUACUGAUGAUUUGUUAUGCAACUGAUACAAUACAAACUUCGUUUUUUAGACAAUUCCUCCAUUCCAACACAUAACACUCACCAUAGUGUAAAUACAACAAUAUAUAUAAACCAAUUGUAUUAGAAGCUCUUUGGCUGAGUCAGUAAGAAAAAUGUCGAAGUUCUCCUUUGAGUGGCAUUUGGGUCCCUGUAGAAUCUCUUAUCCAACUUAUAUUGGCCUGACCUACUAACGCAUCUAUCUAUAUGCUACUAAAACUCUCAUGUCUGUCUGUCUGUAUCCUUUAACUGAGCAAAAUGGUGCAUCGUAAGCCAACAAUUUUUGAACCAAGGUACCUCAAAUGGGCUAACUUAAAGAAUGCGUCCAAAAUCUAGGACCCAUGACUCCUAUGGAAUUGAAAUUUGGCAAAUUUUAUAAAAUAUUUUAUGACAUAAAAAUU